AUCUUUUGUGACGUUCUUUUAACAGACAGAAUCUCAGUAAAUAAAAUAAUAAGUAACUGUAGGAUUUUCUCUUCAAUUCCUUCAAAAGGCUAUCAACACUAAUAUUGAAUAUCAGAAAAAUAACUGCGUUUAAAUCCUACGAAUGAAACGUAGCUGUGUGCCGCGGAGAUUGUCAGUAUUACUGAAAACUGUACUGAGGAUCAUCUUACAGAAAUGGCUGGCUUACCUCAAGUUUGUCGACGACUAUUCAAAGAGUCCACGCCGCUACGUGCUGCUACUGCCAACCCUGCUGCUUCUACUGCUGGUGCUGUGGCCUCCACUGUGGUGGUAUGUGGUGAGGAGCGGGUACGCACUCUUGCCGCCGCCAGAGCUGUCCCGACAUUACGUGGUCAAUAGGAGCCUGCAGGACUAUCUGGAUAAAAUUGGCAUCCUGCUGGAACCCAAGGAGUCGCCAUGUGGCCCAGGCAAGGAUGCUCCCAUCAUCAUCAUGGUAUCGACCACGGCGCCGAGAACCGGCCAGCGGACCGCUGUUCGGGAGACGUGGGGCUUGUACCAGCCCACCCUGUUCGUUAUGGGGAUUUACGGGGAUAGGGACAAACAAUUGGCGGAGAACAUCAGAGAAGCUGAAGAGUACCACGACCUGUUGGUCUUCGAUUUCCGAGAUCAAAAAGAGAACCAGACCCUGAAGACUGCGCUGAUGAUGAAGUAUACCCUGCUGAGGUGCCCGAUAGCGCACUUUAUGUUGAAGACUCAGGACAAUGCGAUGGUGAACCCUUGGAUGCUCAACAAGGUCAUAUGGCAACAUCUUGAUCGACCUCUCGUUGGUUACGCUCUGAAUGACACACAUCUGCUUAGAGAUGAGUACAGGAAGGGGUACAAUGCGGGAAAGCGUUAUGAUGAUGAAAUGCCCAUGUAUCUUAGUGGCGCUGGAUAUCUUAUUAAAGGGGAAUACAUCGAGCACAUCUUACGGGGAGCGUUACACGUGCCCAUAGUGCACCUAGAAGACAUCUACUUCACGUACCUAGUAGCCCACAAGCAUUUGGGGCUGGUCCUCACUCACGACAGUAGACUGUCUCCCUUCAAACCUUGGUGGAAAGCCGGCUGCGUCUACUGGAACUUCGCGUCCCUCCAUGGCCUGACUCCUGCAGAGAUCUACCACGCCUGGUCUUGCAUCGAAACGUUAAUAUCGAAGUACAAGACGAUUGCCGGUGUGUGCCAAUAUUUUAAUUAUUGUUUUGGUUGGUUCAUGGCUCUUGCUGUGUACUAAGCGUUGUUUUGUCCAAUGUUUGCUCCAGAUUUUUCUUUGAAGGGUUACUGAGAUUGAGAAUGAGGAGCUUGUAUUUAAAAUACGCUUGUCUUGGAGAGAGAUUAAACAAUGGCACUUGAAGAAAGAUAAUUCUGGUUUUGAGUAUGUAUUUGGCUGAGGAUCUGCAAAGAGUAGGCCUUUGGACUUCUUCCGAAUGCACGAUGCAAAUUUCGAAUACAUUAUUAGGGAUUUUCUGAGCUCUUUUCGCCAUCAUAAUAUUAACCUUUUCGGAGUCCAAUACAGGAAAGAUAAAGCGUCGGCUGAACAAAUUAUUCCACUUUAUUAUGGAGAACUGAGUCAUUG